CUGGCCAGUUUCCGAGGGACGGUCCAGCAUGGCUUGCCAUUGGAGAUUGGGGACACAGUGCAGCUCCUGGAGAAAUGUGAAGGUAACUGAUAACCUCUACUCAUUUCACACCCACAUAAACCAUGAACCCCCCUUCGAGCUUCACAGACAGCCACUGUGACUCACAGAUGGGCUGCUACUGCUGCUGCUGCUGGGGAUGUAGUCAACCUUUGAGGUUGGGCCACGUUUCCUUCCCCAGUCCGUCCCUCCAGGAGUAUUGUGUUGCACAUGAAAUGUUAAUAGACUUUUGUAUUUUUUUUGUAUUUGAUGAGAUAAACGUUUGUGGAGGCUCUCAGUUUGCUACUGUUUCCUUUGCCGGGAGAGGGAGCAGACUUCGCUUCCUACUUCCCGCCCACACUGAGCUCAGAGAGAGAGUGUGUGUGUGUGUGUUUGCUUGCUUGCCUUAGACUCAAAGAGACUGAGAGCUUGUGUGUGUGUGCUUGCUUGCAUGUGUGUGUGUACAUGCUAAGGAGUGUGUGUGUGUCCCUGCUUGCCUGUGUAUUGUGAAGGAGUGUGUGAGCCUCAAGGCCGAGGCACUCACACUCCAGGUUUAAUUUUUCACAUAGUUUCAGACAGAGCAGAGCAGGCGCCCGUCACACCUUCCUGUUUCCACCCAGCUAACUUACACAGCAUUGACGCAACAUUCCUCCCUUCUCAGGGCGGAAUGAUCUCACUUCCUGUUGUUGCUCAAGGACAGACAGACAGACAGACAGACGACAGAUCCGUCUGAGAUAGCUGAUGAUACAUUCCGAACUCACUGAAGGAAAUGAUCUGACAUCUAAUAUACACUAUGAAUGCAAAAGUAUGUGGGCACCCCUUCAAAUGAGUGGAUUUGGCUAUUUCAGCCACACCCGUUGCUGACAGGUGUAUAAAAUUGAGCAUGCAGCCAUGCAAUCUCCAUAGACAAACAUUGGCAGUAGAAUGGCCUUACUGAAGAGCUCAGUGACUUUCAACAUGGCACCGUCAUAGGAUGCCACCUGUUAUUGUGAAGUGGAAACGUAUAGGAGUAACAGCGGCUCAGCCGUGAAGUGGUAUGCCACACAAGCUCACAGAACUGGAUCGCCGAGUGCUGAAGCGCGUAGCGCGUAAAGAUAAUCUGUCCUCGGUUGUAACACUCACUACCGAGUUCCAAACUGCCUCUGGAAGCAACGUCAGCACAAUAACUGUUCGUCGGGAGCUUCAUGAAAUGGGUUUCCAUGGCUAAGCAGCCACACACAAGCCUAAGAUCACCAUGCGCAUUGCCAAGCGUCGGCUGGAGUGGUGUAAAGCUCGCCGCCAUUGGACUCUGGAGCAGUGGAAACGCAUUCUCUGGUAUGAUGAAUCACGCUUCACCAUCUGGCAGUCCGACUAAUGAAUCUGGGUUUGGCGGAUGCCUGGAGAACGCUACUUGCCCCAAUGCAUACAGUGAGGGAAAAAAGUAUUUGAUCCCCUGCUGAUUUUGUACGUUUGCCCACUGACAAAGACAUGAUCAGUCUAUAAUUUUAUUGAUAGGUUUAUUUGAACAGUGAGAGACAGAAUAACAACAAAAAAUCCAGAAAAACGCAUGACAAAAAUGUUAUAAAUUGGUUUGCAUUUUAAUGAGGGAAAUAAGUAUUUGACCCCUCUGCAAAACAUGACUUAGUACUUGGUGGCAAAACCCUUGUUGGCAAUCACAGAGGUCAGACGUUUCUUGUAGUUGGCCAACAGGUUUGCACACAUCUCAGGAGGGAUUUUGUCCCACUCAACUUUGCAGAUCUUCUCCAAGUCAUUAAGGUUUCGAGGCUGACGUUUGGCAACUCUUCAGCUCCCUCCACAGAUUUUCUAUGGGAUUAAGGUCUGGAGAAUGGCUAGGCCACUCAAGGACCUUAAUGUGCCUCUUCUUGAGCCACUCCUUUGUUGCCGUGGCCGUGUGUUUUGGGUCAUUGUCAUGCUGGAAUACCUAUCCACGACCCAUUUUCAAUGCCCUGGCUGAGGGAAGGAGGUUCUCACCCAAGAUUUGACGGUACAUGGCCCCGUCCAUCGUCCCUUUGAUGCGGUGAAGUUGUCCUGUCCCCUUAGCAGAAAAACACCCCCAAAGCAUAAUGUUUCCACCUCCAUGUUUGACGGUGGGGAUGGUGUUCUUGGGGUCAUAGGCAGCAUUCCUCCUCCUCCAAACACGGCGAGUUGAGUUGAUGGCAAAGAGCUCGAUUUUGGUCUCAUCUGACCACAACACUUUCACCCAGUUCUCCUCUGAAUCAUUCAGAUGUUCAUUGGCAAACUUCAGACGGGCCAGUAUAUGUGCUUUCUUGAGCAGGGGGACCUUGCGGACACUGCAGGAUUUCAGUCCUUCACGGCGUAGUGUGUUACCAAUUGUUUUCUUGGUGACUAUGGUCCCAGCUGCCUUGAGAUCAUUGACAAGAUCCUCCCGUGUAGUUCUGGGCUGAUUCCUCACCAUUCUCAUGAUCAUUGCAAUUCCACAAGGUGAGAUCUUGCAUGGAGCCCCAGGCCGAGGGAGAUUGACAGGUCUUUUGUGUUUCUUCCAUUUGCGAAUAAUCGCACCAACUGUUGUCACCUUCUAACCAAGCUGCUUGGCGAUGGUCUUGUAGCCCAUUCCAGCCUUGUGUAGGUCUACAAUCUUGUCCCUGACAUCCUUGGAGAGCUCUUGGUCUUGGCCAUGGUGGAGAGUUUGGAAUCUGAUUGAUUGAUUGCUUCUGUGGACAGGUGUCUUUUAUACAGGUAACAAGCUGAGAUUAGGAGCACUCCCUUUAAGAGUGUGCUCCUAAUCUCAGCUCGUUACCUGUAUAAAAGACACCUGGGAGACAGAAAUCUUUCUGAUUGAGAGGGGGUCAAAUACUUAUUUCCCUAAUUAAAAUGCAAAUCAAUUUUCACAUUUUUUUACAUGCAUUUUUCUGGAUUUUUUUGUUGUUAUUCUGUCUCUCACCUACCAUUUAAAAUGAUAGACUGAUCAUUUCUUUGUCAGUGGGCAAACGUACAAAAUCAGCAGGGGAUCAAAUUCUUUUUUCCCUCACUGUAAUGCCAACUGUAAAGUUUGGUAGAGGAGGAAUAAUGGUCUGGGGCUGUUUUUCAUGGUUUGGGCUAGGCCCCUUAGUUCCAGUGAAGGGAAAUCUUAACGCUACAGCAUACAAUGACAUUCUAGACACUCUGUGCUUCCAACAGUUUGGGGAAGGCCCUUUCCUGUUUCAGAAUGACAAUGCUCCCGUGCACAAAGCGAGGUCCAUACAGAAAUGUUUUGUCGAUCGGUGUGGAAGAACUUAAUGAGCCUGCACAGAGCCCUGACCUCAACCCCAUCGAACAGGCCUAAUCACCCAACAUCAGUGCCCAACUUCACUAAUGCGUUUGUGGCUGAAUGGAAGCAAGUCCCCGCAGCAAUGUUUCAACAUCUAGUGGAAAGCCUUCCCAGAAGAGUGGAGUCUGUUAUAGCAGCAAAGGGGGGACAAACUCCAUAUUAAUUCCCAUGAUUUUGGAAUGAGAUGUUCGACGAGCAGGUGGCCAUAUACUUUUGGUCCUGUAGUGUAUGUGGUUGGUUUGGUGGGAGGGAAGAUAUACAAUCUGUACCAGUUCCCACAACCCAAAGGCAAGAAAGGGUGUUAUUCUGUACUAAAGAGGAGACAAGUUACUAAAAAAGGGCUUCUGCCAUUGCUGGUACUGUGUCAUCAAGUUGCUACUGUAGUGUGAUCACUCAAAUGAAGUGUGAUAGGUAACAUACGACCGCUUCUUCUCUGACACUCUGGCCAAGCAAAAACUAGAAAGACUUCUAAUAGAAAAUGCAUAGCAGAGGUCCUUCAGUAGGCAGGACCACAGUGAGACUCAUUCUCACCUUGUCUCUAUCACUCUUACCUCUUUAGCACUGUCACAGACAGGUGCUGGACUGAGUAGCACAUUAUGACCUUAGGUUACUAGUACUACUUACACCCCCUGGUGCUACUGACACCCCCUGGCUCACCAGCCUGGCCGGUGGCCACAACAAAUACUGGGUGCUCAGUGCCAUGUAACACCGUGCCUGGUAGGCUGCAGUAAACAGUGCAGUGACAGAUACUGCCUCCCGUGAUAAAGUGUUCCAGCUGGGCGUUUGUUUUACAGCUCGGCAGCUCUACGACUGGUGUGGUCGGAGCUGAAGUGGCGAUGCUUCAGUAACCCCCGGGCUGCAUCCCAAAUGGCACCCUAUAGCCCAUAGGGCUCUGGUCAAAAGUAGUGCACUAUACAGGGACUAGGGUGCCAUUUGAGACACAGCCCCAGUCAUUUGUUUGGCAGUGAGAGGCAGCCAUUACUUAACCAGACAGCUCUUUCUCUCCUCUCCUACUCUCCACUCCCAUAUCAGAUGCUGUAGUGAUGGAAUGAAAUUGAUUAUUUGGUGGUUGACAUUUUAACUGAGAGCGCAGAAGAGCCAAUCUUCAGAAUCAUAAUAGGAAUGCUAUCUAUUAACUCAGUGGACACACACACACACAGACUCUUCGAUAGAAGGAAAGAUAGCGGGUCUGAAAGUCACGGUGACAUGAUGAAAAUGUGAUUUUUUGUCUCCUCAGGCUGGUACAGGGGGUUCGUCCAUAAGAAUCCAAAUGCCAAGGUGGGUGAGACUUUUUUUGUGUAUUGAAGCUGUCAGUUCAGCUGCUAUUUUCAGAUUCAGAAAUAUCCGGUCUCUGCUUUGAUCUGAGGGCUGUGCAGCAAGCAGGUCAAUAGGGAGAGGCUCAUAGUUUAAUAAUGUCAAGUUGACACACACACACAAGUACAUUUAUUUAUAUUGAUUAUAUGCAUCAUUUACACUCGCUAACAGAAUGUGUUAAUGUUAGUACUGUUGAAUGAUACAGUUAGAAUGACAUUCAACAUUCAUUAGUUUGUUUAUUCUCUCCCCCCCAGGGUAUUUUCCCAUGCAGUUACAUUCACUUGAAGAACGCCCAUAUCAAGAACAAAGGGUAAGUAAUGAGUGUAUUGUGUGUGUGUGUGUGUGUGUGAGUGGGUGUGUGUCUGUUUCAGUGUGUGUGUGCGUGUGUGUGUGUCCGUUUGUGUCUCCCUGUGUCUGUCUCUGAGAAGGCAAACAUCCUUAUUAGAUCAGCCAGUCUGGAAGGUGAGGGAGGUUUAUGUCAUUUCUGUGGAAAGGAAAAGUUAGAUUAACGUCAUAAUAACAGAACAGAGGUUAAGUGCUUCUUCUACCAGCCUCAUAAUGAUACUGCAUUAUUAUCUCUGUGUGUGUGCGCGUGUGCGUGUGUGCGUGUGUGCGUGCGUGUAUUUUAACUCCGGCUCGGUAGUUAUACUGUAGUAAUUUGAUGUCCCUCUCUCUUUCUCUGACCCACAGGCAGUUUGAGACUGUCAUCCCCACAGAGGACUCUGUUAUCACUGAGAUGACAUCCACCCUGAGAGACUGGGGGGCCAUGUGGAAACGGCUCUACGUGGUAAAGAGUGUUCAACACACACAUAUAGGAUAAUUUACCUGUGCUUGUUAGACAGAACGUCUGAAUUUGUGAUGCAUUAUUUGUUAUGGAAGGCUGACUGUCUGGCCCCAAUUUUUUUACUCUGAUAUGUCUCUCUGUCUCUCGCUCUCUCUCUCUCUCUGUAGAAGAAUGAAGGGGAUCUGUUCCAUCGGUUGUGGCAUGUGAUGAAUGAGAUCCUGGACCUGAGGAGACAGGUUCUGGUUGGUCACCUCACCAACGACCGCAUGAAAGACGUCAAACAGCACAUCACUGCCAGGUUGGACUGGGGAAACGAGUGAGUAGUGGCGAGAGAGAAACAUUCCUGCAUCCCAGUCCCCAGUCCCUGUCUUUGAAUGUCACACUCCCUCCCCAGGCACAUGCUGUGCUCAAUCAGUUUCGUUCUCCUUCAAACAGACACACCACACGUUCAAACAGACACAUACACACACUUUUCAUUUUGUAUCAAACAGACACACACAAACACUUUCCACUGCGUGUCUAUCUCCCGGGAAGAAGGGAUAAAACGACACCUGUCAGUCCCUUGCUGUUGGGUGUGGACAGACGACAGACGGCUCCCCCUGCCUCUCCCAGUCUUAUACCAUCCCAUGCUUUGAAAGACUGAUCUAUCCCUGGGAGAUUGGAGAGUGUGUGUGGGUACCCCUCUACUCCUCUAUGUCCCUGUGAGACAUAGCAGACUUGCAGUUUUGUCAAGUGUGUCCUGUCUAAAUGGUUUGAUGCGCUGACAGUGCUGUGGUGUGUGUUCCAGACAGCUGAGUUUGGACCUGGUACCUCGCAGGGAGUUCAGCAUGGUGGACCCAGACGAGAUCAGUGUCACAGAACUCUUCAAACUGGUGAGUUAUAUUCCCAAAACCAGGAACACUGUUCUCUUGUUACUGUGUAUUCCCCACUCACUAUCCUCAUCAAUCCACUGUCUACUAUACAUUUCUCUAGCAUUAGCCACA